AAUUCUCACGUCAAAUUACUAAUUUGACGACAAAGUCUUCUAAGAAUUCAUCUAUCUAGCCUCGUCUCGAGCGACAGAAAGAGAAGAGUCCUGCCCGAGCCUUCGACGUACUGACUUGUCUUCCACGUCCUGGACCUACCACGAAAGAUUCGCGCACGCAAACUCGACACUCUAUAUUUCCAUAGCGCGCCAAAAUCUGUCCCCAGAACAUCAUCUACGCGCACUACAUGGCCCUCACAGUCCCACCCCAGGUCCACGUGAACUCCAAACCGUUUGACACCCUCCUCUCAGUUCCUGGCCCUCUCCCAAGCCUGUGCUACGCAAACCGCAAAACGCGUUCAGAAUGCACACCACUCCUCUUCCUCGACACCGAAAUCAUCGUCCUCAACGUCCUGGCCGUGCAACGCCUCGCGCACUACCUUCGUACCCCCAUCCGCGCCCUCGUGAUACUUACCAUCUACACUCUCGUCUUCUCCCCCGCUAUAUCCUGGCGCGCGCACCUUGCGCAUGCCACCAGGGUACUGCUCGCUGCGUGUCCCACCCUGCGCCACGUAAAAAUCGGGGUCCCGCAUACUGUGUGCGUGAGAGAGAAUUGGGGUAUGGUUGAGGAGGCAGAGUUCGGGUUCACAGACGUAUGUGUUCUGCGGAUGCGCAUGAGGAAGGAGGUCGUUGAUCAGAUGGAUCUAUGUUGCUUGAUUGACUGCAAGACGUUGGAGACCGUCACGCUGGUGUGUCAUGAGGGGGAGAGGGUGGCGAGGAGCUUGGGCAGUCGGAGGGAGGUGGUGUUUAUGCCGUUGAUUGUGUGGGUGAGGAAAAAUAUCUGUGGGGGGUGGGAGGCUGAGGUUGAUAGUUGAGUACGUGGGUUGAGUAGAAGGGGAAUAAAUUAAAGUUUCG